AUGACCGAUGAUGCUCGCAACUCUCCCACGCCCCUGCUGUCUUGCCACAUCCCCAGCUCCUCUCAUACCCUUUCAUCUUCUCUCUUCCUCCACUCUUCCCUUCCCCUCCAGGCGAUUGCACCUUCGCCCAUCAUUCCGAUGUCUCAAAUCCUCUUUCCGCCCCUCCAUCCCCCAAUUCCCCCCUCCGGACCCACAAGACCACAUAAUCCUGCUCCCUUCCUCGAAGCUGCUUCCCGCCGCAACCUUCUCAGAGGGGUUGGUGAGGCAGAAGCUGUUGUGCAAGGGGGGGGUGAGAAGAAGGGAGAAGUGGAGGAGGGAGAAGAGGAAGAGGGAGAAGGGGAGGAGGGAGAGGGGGAAGAGGAGACGGUGCGGUUGUAA